AUGACUACAAUAUCAUUGCACAAUCACCUUCUAUCAAUUGAUGCAUUAGCUAAAGCGGCUGCCAUUACCAAAAAAUCAAUAAACAAAAAAAACAGAAAAUUACCAACAUCAGAGGUUGUAAAACAAUUCGCCUUUGCAUCAUUGCCCGAUGAUAUAAUGGCAAAUUUCACAAAUCAAAUUAUUACACAAACAAAUAUAAAUCAAAGAAUAAAAAUAUUUUUAAGUUAUUAUCCUCCUCGCUUUCUAGCGUUGUUUCUACUGGGAUCGUUGGCUUCGUUUGUGGUUGAUCAUUUAUUAACACAAAAUAACAUUACACAAUAUCCAAAAGAUAUAGCAAAAUUAAUUGAUACAGCAGCAUGGAUUCCACUAACUUGUGGCUUCUCAGCAGUUCUAGUCGGUUCAUUAUUUCCACUGGCUGAUUAUUUAUUCAUGUAUAAACCAAAUGAAUUCCAAAGAGAAUGGAGCAAUGUAAUGAGAUGUAUAGGAGGUUUCAUCGGAGUUGCAUAUGCAGCCACAAAAUUACCUUGGAGUAGUAACUAUCAAGUUUCUUGUACGUUAGCUUUAAUUUCCAUAGUUUUAUGGUUCUUAUUUGAUAGAACAAAGCAUGGAUUUAUCAUGUCGACGUUAUUCUCAUCGAUAGGAACAAUUGUAAUGUAUAUAUUAGUGUCAAAUGGAAUUUACAGCUUUACUCAUGCUGAUUUCUUUGGUGUAAGAUCUUGGAUUCCGUGUAUUCUUUAUUCGUCUUGUGUUUGUUUUGGUGCAGUUGGAAGACAAUUAAUGAUUGUCCCAGAGGAAUGGUUUGAGGAUGAUGAUGUUAAUACUAUAAGUAAUACUUUUAGUAAUAGCAUUAAUAAUACUGUAAAUAAUAAUAUUAGAAAUAAUAAUAAUAAAACAGAUUUGAUACCAAAUAAGGAUUGA